ACCUAGCGGUCUGCUGGGUUGGUGGUAUCGAUCGCGAUGUCGGCAACUCCAUCACUGACUAAUAUUGGAUGUUCUUGUUGUAAUGUGGAGGAGGAUGUACCCUUGUCUUCCCUUGUCGUUCUAUGUAUAUUCCAUAUUUUACUGAACAGUUUAGCCGCUUUUGUGACAGUUACGUAAAGUAACAGAUCGUUGUCGUUGCCGCUGUGAAGAAGGAACCAACAUUCCGGAACCAUGUGUCUCUGGGUAACGGUUUUAACAGUAUCUGUGGCAUUUGCAGUUGGUUUGAAUAUAUGUGUUGUGAAGCAGCCCGGAUACGAUCACGUCACCGAAGACGCCAUACACCUGGCUGCGAUGACAUUUUCUGAUGAAACAAAUGUCAAUUUGUCCGUGUCUAUAGCAACGCUCAACCCAGUAACUUUUUCAUCUAUCCUCGUACCAGACUGUACAGUAUUCAACAUGACGUGCGCUGGUCUUAUCACGUUUGCGGACUGCUCUCAUGCAAUUUUCAUUGACUUUUGGGCUGAAGAACAUGUGAUACCACAUGUAAUCUUCACCAACAGAUCAUGUGACUUUGUGAGCAAGCACGGAGUCAAGAUGAUCCCUCGUUUUACCACACAGAAUAAGUUGAUAUCGGAUAUUGUUGUCCAAGAGCAAUGGUCGGACGUUGUUAUCAUGUACGAUUCUACUUUAGAAAAAACCCAACUGGCUGACCUUUUGAACAGACUGUCGGACUAUUUUGUGGGGACAACAGUUAUUAACUUGCCUGAAACAGGAUCCAUUAGCUCCACAGUGACCAACAGUAUAAAGCUUGUUAGAGCUAUCCAGUAUAAGAAUAUAGUUAUUAUAGCUGAGGACGAAAAGGUUAAAGAAAUAAUAACACAGGCUUACGACUUCCUCAUGCUUGGACAGAAGUACUUCUGGAUAGUUGUGUCGGACAGUCUGACGUUCCCAACCUUGACCUCCAUGUUGAAGGAACGUAGUAACGUUGUCGUUAUAAGGACGGAGCACAAAGGGUCUUGGGGUGAAUGCAACAAGCACGCGCCGUUGUCAUGCCCAUUGUACAACCGGACGCAGGUCUAUCUGAUGGAAAUACAGGACGCAUUCCACAUCAUCACGCAUUCCACGCAACAGAUCUCACAACCAGAUCUGCUUCUCAAUCUUGGUUCAGUGUGCACAGAUGUAAUUACAACCGAGAACAAUACCCAGCUUGUAUCAGCGAAGAGGGAACUGGUAAAUAUGAUCAGAAAGACAAGCUUUGUCGGGAAAGCAAGAAACUACAAAUUUGACGAAGAUGGCUUUGUGAUGGAGAGGAGCUACAACAUCGUCAGCACAUCUGACAAACGUCCAAACUGGUUCUAUAACGUCGGUACUUGGUCAGAGCAGAAUCGCCUGGAGGUGUUUGAUGAAGAGAUAUUCGAAAAUACUUUCAGAAACUUUGGAAAUACAACAUUACGCAUCGGAUCUCAAGAGGCUCUACCAUUUGUUGUGAAGAACAUCAUUAAUAAUAGAACUGUUUUCACCGGAUUCUGCAUCGACAUACUAGACGAACUGGCGCUAAGGUUCAACUUCAAUUACACUAUUGUUGAACCGGCAGACAGGAUAUGGGGAGCUCCAAUCAAUGAGGACAAUGACGAAUGGAAUGGGAUCGUUGGAAUGAUUGUGAGAAAGGAGCUAGACUUCGGGGCAGGUCCGUUUACCAUAACCUCAAUACGGGAAACGGUCAUAGACUUUACCAAACCCUUCAUGGAAGACGGAGCAGGAAUAAUUACACGUAGACCAGAUGGAGAGUCCCGGAAGAUGUUCAAGAUGUUCACACCGUUCGCCCCUACUGUGUGGGGCUGCAUUGUCUUGGCGAUAGUUGUAGUGAGCAUCUUGCUCUACCUUGUCAACAGAUACAGUCCAUAUGCUGCCCAUAAGGUGUUACAGAAUGCAAGUCAGGAAGGAUCCCGUGCUGAAGUGAUGAGCCUGAAGACAACAUUCUGGCUGAUCUAUGGUUCCUAUAUGGAGCAAGGUGGAGACCCUCACCCAAACAGCAUAUCGGGCCGCUGUAUUCUGGGGUUUUGGUGGUUGUUUACUAUUCUGAUGGCGUCAACUUACACUGCCAAUCUGGCCGCCUUCCUCACAGUCACCAUCGCAGAGAAGCCCAUCAAUAGUCUCACGGAACUAGCAGCACAGGAUGAAAUGCAACCUUUGGUCAAAUUUGGAAGUAACCUUUACUCACUGUUUAAGGAUGCUGAAUCUGGAGUAUAUCAAGAUGUGUGGGAAAAGAUGGGGGGUUCCCCUGAAGUAAAGAGCAAUGACGAGGCGCUGCGUCAUGUGAGAGCGGGGACAAUGGCGUACAUGACAGACAGGUCACAGUUGGAGUACAUUCUGUUGCAUGACUGUGAACAGUACUCCCUGGCGGACGAAAUCUUCAACACGGCGGGACUCGGAUUCGUUGUUCCAGAGAACGCACCGUUCUUAGAGGCAUUUAACUAUAACAUUAUGAAGAUGCAGGAAGCUGGCAUGAUCGAUAAAUGGAAGCAGAAAUGGUGGCCGAGUUCAGACAAGUGUGGCGGUUCAGACAGAACAAGCUCGGCAACAAUAUUAGGUCUUGACAGCUUGGCGGGACCAUUUCUUAUAUAUGCUUCCGUGGUGGGAGUGGCCUUGCUGUGCCUUAUCCUUGAGCUUGGGCUUCAUUUAACUAAACUGAACAUGUUGUGUCAAAAGUUAAAGCAAUAUAAGUCUUCAGGAACACAGGACUCAUCCCAGAACCGCAGUGACCCAAGGACGUAACGGACAUGAGUGACGUUGUGGUCUAAUAGAUGGCCAUCUUCUAUAUUCAACUGACUCUUGGCUGUCACCUUGUAUGAGGCGUGGGAUCAAGUGAUUCUGGGUGUUAUUAACAGAUCAGCUUGUGAUUGAUCUCUGUGCUGUCAUAAUUAUGACCGUGUGUAUAAUGUACAACAUUUUUUGACACAACAGAUAACGGUGUGUAUGGUAAUACGAGUCCUGUACAGAAGAGGUAACGGUAUUCAUGUAAUAUAUUCAUGGCAACUAAUAUUUUGCCGAUUUCAUCAUUUGCAUCUGUGAUGUUUUUUUCUUCCACGGCGAUACUGACAUCAUGACGUCAUAAUUGUCCAUAUGAUGUCAUCCGUUUGUUACGUCAUUAUUGACCCUGUCCACAUUUUGAGUCGUACCGAUCCCAUUGGUGGUAUCGAAAAUAUGUCUCUUCGCUUGUGAACACGUCAUGGUAUCUUCCUUGUAUUGUACUAUACGUUCCUGUACAUAUAUCAGAUGACAGAUGACUUGCCUUCAUAUGUGUUUUGAGGGUUGAGUGGUGGUGCUGGAUGGGUACGCUCAACUGUUCGGGAACCCUUGGUAUGUUAACUAUUUGAUAUUAAUGUAAUAUUAACAAUAACAUGGUUUUUAACAGAUUCAGAAUUGUACAAACAAGUUUGAGAUUUUUUGUGGGCAUGUUAAUGGUUUUGUCGAUUUUAUAUACAUGUAUCAAUUGAGGAGUUUAGGGUAUUUUACGAGAUACACGUUUCAGUAAUUUCACACAUCGUAAUUGGGUCGCAUUCUGCCGUAGGUCCUCACACUGUAACACAUGCUACUAAUAUUGGCCAUGCAUUGUAUUACUACUGCAUGCUCAUUUUCGGUUUAAUGAUUAUUGAUUUCGUUGUCAACUGUUUUAUUUGUAGAGUACGCCCUUGUUGUUUAUGCAACAUAAAUAGUCAAAUAUAUGUGCCUUUCUUAGGCAUUUGACAGUGUAAAUAUAAUUCACUAACGCCAAUUUCGAUAAUACAAUUAUGUUAAACAAAA